AUGUCAACAAUCCAGAGGAUAGCAACUGCAGCUUUAGCAACAUCCAGAGUAAAAAGCACUUCAGUUGCAACUGUUGCAACACCGCUCCCCACGACCAGGAUAUCGACCGCACCCACCACCACCACCCAAGCAACUCAGACGCAGCAGACAACAACACGACCGACAACUCCAACCAUGGGCAUCGUAACGACAACGGCGAUUUCACCUACACAGACGCGAUCUCAAACAGCACAGGUAGCGACAACAACCACCACCACCACCGCAGCAACAACCACGCUAAUGAAGGUCGCUAUCGUUGCCACUAUCCUCAUCAGCAUCUCCAUCGCACUUCAUUCAUCAGCCAACCCCAUUGAUUUGGGAUGCAGUAUCGCGAGGAACGUCGUCGAGUGCUAUCUCUCGCAGCUCUGCCCUCACUUCAAGCCUGAGGACAUCCUCGACUGCGACAAGGAGCUGAUGACGAGCACGAUGCCGGUGGUCAACGACUACAUGGUAUCCCAUUAUCUUAGGGAAGCGCACAAAGAUAAAUUCUGUGACGGUGACGGUCAGCGGUUCGGAUCAGCCUGCGCCGUGCUCGAUCACGUUUGCUUAGGGAGGGAUACAUUUGACAUCGAUUAUUGCGGAGAAACAAAUCAACGAUUUCGCCGCAGCGGCUCCUUCUCUGGUAGUCAUUCUGGCUCACACUCGGGUCUCGUACAUGUAAUAUAUAAACAACCUGCAACCAAACCACCAACAGCCAAGCCCGAGGUAACAGAGAAGGCAACAACAGAAACUGAUUGUGACACAUCUGAUGAAGAUGCAACCACCGCAGCUACAACAUCAGCUGCCACUACAACCCCAACACCCACAACACCAACGACACCUACCACUCCGACAACACCCACAACACCAACUACACCUACAACACCAACGACACCUACCACUCCGACAACACCAACUACACCUACCACACCAACUACACCUACCACACCGACGACUCCGACUACACCAACUACUCCUACGACACCAACUACUCCUACGACACCCACUACACCUACGACACCUACCACUCCUACAACACCAACCACACCUACAACACCGACCACACCAACAACUCCGCCGACUGAGCCAACAACAUAG